AUGAAUAAAUUCACACUUAAAUUUAAUUAGCAAGUUUUAGAAAUACAAUAUCAAUCAACAAGACUUGUUAUGAGGAAAAAAAUUUUUUAUGGAGUUGCCUCUGGAUUUAUAAUAAUGAAUACUAUCUCAGCAAUAUUUAAAAUUAUAGAAAAUGAUUAUAAGAAUUUAGCUUUGGAUUUAACAAUAUCAUCAGUUGCCAUUUUGACAGUGUGUGUCAUACGUUAUUACCAAUAAUAUAUUUUAGAAGGAUUAAACAUUUUAAAUAUGCUUUCCUGUUUAAUACAAAUAAAUCUAGAUGAGACUGCAACUGCAUAAUAAAUGUACAUUUUUGGAGCAAAUAUAAUGGCGACAUAAUUAAUGUUGUUGUUUGGCUCAGAUUUUUUAUACUCUCUACCAUAAAUCACAAUAAUUGUUUGUUCUAGAAUUGGAAUAUUAAGAGUAUAUCAACCAUUUGAUUGGUUUACGAUAUCUUUAACUUUAUUAGUUUAAUUAUGGCUUGGAGUUGUUUAAUAUUAAUUGGAUAAAUCACUACGAUCCUAAUUUUUACUCACAUUAAAGGAUCAUAGUUGGGGUAAUUUUAUUAUAAAAAAAUAGAUCAACUUUUACCGCACAUUGUUGACAAACCAUAUUUUUAUUUUAGAUAUAAUGAUUCUAAAUUUGAAAUAAAAUAAAUUCAUAAAUAGUCAUAAAUAUUUAAUUAUAAUAUUGAUUUUUGUCAAGAUUGUAAUUUGAGACAUUUUUUAAGAGAAUUUAAUUUUAAUAACUAAACCAUUGAAUCAUUCAUUCUAAGUAGAUUAAAAAUUUAUGAAAAAAAUAUCUAUGAAAAAGAAAUUAUUGCUAAAAAUAAAAAACAAUACACUAUGCGAAUUAAUUAUUGUGAAAUAUCUAGUGAUUAUCCUAAUUUCUUGAUAAUUUUAAAUGAUUCUAAAUAAAAUUAAACUUUUUCUAAACAUUUAUAAACUGAAUUUAUUAGCAAAUAUUUUAGCAGAUACUCCAAUCAUCUUUUUAAACUUCUAUUAAGGGAAGAUUCAAAAUUUAAAAUUAUUUAGCUAAAUUGUCACUAUAUAUCUGCUUUGUAUAUAAAAGAUUACACUGUUAAAUAUUUUUCUCCAUACAAGCAAUUAAAAAAAAUAAUUAAUUUAUCAGGAGGUGUUUAAUUAGAAUGCUUUGAGAAAUUUAAAAUUUAAGGAUAUAAGAAUUUAUUUUCUGUUUUUUGGAUUUAAAUUAUUGCGAUAAUGAUUCUGUCUUAAAAGAAACAAUAUUUGAGUUAGCCGAUAAUCAUUUUAAAAAAGGAAUUAGAUUAUAUUGAAUUAUGUUUAGUUUUAAAUUUUCCCAAAAAGUUUUAGGAAAAGUUUAAUAAAAAUGUCGUUAUUUAAAGGCUUAAAAGUGUAAUUUUUUUUUAUAUUAACUAAAAUUUAUGGAUAUUUAGAUAGCACAAUAAACUUGAAAUAGCAUCUAAGUAAAUUGAUAAAAAUUGA